UUUUAUAAAGACAGCAGCGCCUCUGGAAUAAUUAGCACCGCAAGAAGCCUAUCCUUGGCUCCUCACAUAGACCAUAACCAGGUGAAAGGGGCCUGGGAUGUGGGGAGUGGCCUCUGGAGUUAAAAAUGAAGAGAAAGGAAAGGAGGGGCACCGUGGCCCCAGAGAGCAAGAGGAUUAGACUGCAGAGAUCAGAGUCACCAGUGCCCAGCUGUCAGUCUGUGAAGAGUGACUGCUCCAUGGAGCAUCCCUUGGCGUUUAGCGAAGGACAUCUUUCCACUGAGCCAAGGGUCAGCCUGCAGAGGGCAGCGUCCCCGGUACCCAGCUGUCAGUCUGUGAAGAGUGACUGCUCCAUGGAGCAUCCCUUGGCGUUUAGCGAAGGACAUCUUUCCACUGAGCCAAGUGAGCUGUCAGACCUCCAGUCCAGCUCUACGGUGUGUGAGCAGAUGAGCCAGCAGUCUGUGAUUGUAGAUGCCUCACCCCUGUGUUCCAAUGAUCAGGAGCUGGAAGCAGAAAAUAAAGGAGUCCAAGAGAACCUGAAAUCCAGUCUGAAGAAGAGGUUUGAGCAGAUAUUUGAAGGGGUUGCUACAUCAGGAAAACACACCCUCCUCAACAAUAUUUACACAGAGCUCUACAUCACAGAGGGGGACAGUGAGGGAAUCAACAAUGAACAUGAGGUGUGGCAGAUUGAGACAGUAUCCAGGAAACAGAACACCCAAGACACUGCAAUCAAGUGCAAUGACAUCUUUAAGCUCUUACCUGGACAAGAGAAACCCAUCAGAACUGUGCUGACGAAGGGGAUUGCUGGCAUUGGAAAAACAGUCUCUGUGCAGAAGUUCAUUCUCGACUGGGCAGAAGGAGAAGCCAAUCAGGAUAUUCGUUUCAUGUUUGUUCUUCCUUUUCGGGAGCUGAACUUGAUUAAUGAUGAGCAAUACAGUCUGCUUGGGCUUCUGCAUGUCUUCCACCCUGAAAUGAAAGAGAUUGAAAACAUCAGGUCUGAUGCUGACAAAGUUUUGUUCAUCUUUGAUGGUCUGGAUGAAAGCAGAUUUCCCUUCAAUUUCCAGCAGAACGAGACGCUGUCUGAUGUAACAAAGACAUCCUCAGUGGCCGUGCUGCUGACAAACCUCAUUAAGGGGAAUCUGCUUCCCUCUGCUCUCCUCUGGAUCACCUGCCGGCCAGCAGCAGCCAAUCAGAUCCCUCCCAAAUACAUCCACCGGCUGACAGAAAUACAAGGGUUCAAUGACUCACAGAAGAAGGAGUACUUCAGGAAGAGAUUCAAUGAUGAGAUCCAGGCCAGUAGAAUUAUCUCUCACAUGAAAUCAUGCAAGAGUCUCUACAUCAUGUGUCACAUACCAGUCUUCUGUUGGAUUUCUGCAACUGUUCUGGAGCGACUGUUGGGUGAAGCUGACUGUGGAGAAAUCCCUAAAACUCUGACUGGAAUGUACACCCACUUCCUGCUCCUUCAGUCCGGCAUCAAGAAUCAGAAAUAUCAGGGAAGAAACGAGACAGAUCCACGAAAGCUUCUGGCACUGGAUAAAGACAUUAUUCUGAAACUGGGGCAGCUGGCUUUUCAACACCUGGAAAAUGGCAUUCUCAUGUUCUAUGAAGAGGACCUGAGAAAGUGUGGCAUUGAUGUCACUGAAGCGUCAGUGUACUCUGGGGUGUGCACAGAAAUCUUUAAAGAGGAGUCUGUGCUGUAUCAGAAGAAGGUGUACUGCUUUGUGCAUCUGAGCAUCCAAGAGUAUCUGGCUGCUUUGUAUGUCUUUCACUUAUACGUAAGCCAGAAUGUGAACGUAUUGAAGUCCAUUUUUGGUCAAAAAUCUGAAAUCACUGAAUUGUCACUGUAUGACUUGCAUAAGAGAGCUGUUCAGAAGGCCUUGGAGAGUAAGAAUGGACACCUGGACCUUUUCCUGCGAUUCCUUCUUGGCCUCUCACUGGAUUCCAAUCAGAACCUUCUGAAAGGCGUUCUGACACAGACAGGAAGUAAUUCAGAGAGCAUCCAGGAAACAGUCCAGUACAUAAAGGGUUUGAGGAAGAAGGAUUCCUCCCCAGAGAGGUGCAUCAAUCUGCUCCACUGUCUGGCUGAACUGAAUGAUGAUUCACUUAUGGAGGAGGUCCAAAAGUACCUGAGCUCAGAAAGUCGUUCUGGUGAAUGGAUCUCACCUGUGCACUGCACUGCCCUGGCCUAUAUGCUCCUGAUGUCAGAGGAGGUGCUGGAUGAGCUUGACCUGAGGAAAUACAACACCUCAGACGAGGGGCACAGGAGACUGGUUCCAGCUGUGUGGUGCUGCAGAAAGGCUCUGCUCAGUGGCUGUAACCUUACAGGCGAGUCCAUUGAAAUUGUGGCCUCAGCUCUGCGGUCAGCCACCUCACCCCUGAGAGAGCUGGACCUCAGCUCCUGUAACCUGGGAGAAUCAGGGGUGAAGCUGCUGAGUGCUGCACUGACGAGUCCAAACUGUAAACUACAGACUCUCAGACUGGGUUGCUGUAAUCUCACAGAGAGUUGCUGUGAUGAUCUGGCCUCAGUCCUGCGCUCACAACACUCAGAGCUGAGAGAGCUGGAGCUGAGAGACAAUGACCUGCAGGAUUCAGGAGUGAGAGCGCUCUCUGCUGGACUGGAGGAUCCACACUGUAAACUACAGAGACUGGGGCUGUCAGGCUGUCUAGUCACAGAGAGAGGCUGUGCUUCUCUGGCUUCAGCUCUGCGUUCAAACCUCUCACACCUGAGAGAGCUGGAUCUGAGCUACAACCACCCAGGAGACUCAGGAGUGAGAGCGCUCUCUGCUGGAGUGGAGGACCCCAGCUUUAAACUGGAGACACUGCUACUGGGUUGCUGUAAUCUCACAGAGAGCUGCUGUGAUGAUCUAGCCUCAGUCCUGCGCUCACACCACUCAGAGCUGAGAGAACUGGAGCUGAGAGACAAUGACCUGCGGGAUUCAGGAGUGAGAGCGCUCUCUGCUGGACUGGAGGAUCCUCACUGUAAACUACAGAGACUGGGGCUGUCAGGCUGUCUAGUCACAGAGAGAGGCUGUGCUUCUCUGGCUUCAGCGCUGCGUUCAAACCCCUCACACCUGAGAGAGCUGGAUCUGAGCUACAACCACCCAGGAGACUCAGGAGUGAGAGCGCUCUCUGCUGGAGUGGAGGACCCCAGCUUUAAACUGGAGACACUGCUUGUGGACCAUGGAGGAGAGAUUAGGCUCAAAGCAGGACUGAGGAAAUAUGCCUGCCAGCUCACACUGGACCCCAACACAGCACACAGAGAGCUGUCUCUAUCUGAGGGUGACAGGAAGGUGACACGCACACCGGAGAGAGAGCAGCCAUAUCCUGAUCACCCAGAGAGAUUUGACUCUGAGUGGCAGGUGCUGUGCAGAGAGGGUCUGUCUGGGACUCGCUGUUACUGGGAGGCUGAGUGGAGUUGGGAGGCUAUGAUUGCAGUGUCGUAUAAAGGAAUCAGCAGGAAAGGAGGACGGGGUUGUGACAGUGAGUUUGGAUACAAUGACCAGUCCUGGAGUCUGAGCUGCAGUGGUUACAUAUUGUCUGCUCUGCACAAUAAUAACAGCACUUCCAUACCCACCCCCUCCUCCCGCUCCCGCAGAGUAGGAGUGUAUCUGGACUGGCCGGCCGGCACUCUGUCCUUCUACAGUGUCUCCUCUGACACUCUGACCCACCUGCACACUUUCCACACCACAUUCACUCAACCCCUCUAUCCUGGGUUUUGGGUGGAUGAGAACUCCUCAGUGUCCCUUUGCAUGCUGGGGUAGACUCCUGUGUCCUGGAGGAGUUGAUGGGAUGUUAUUCACUGUGGUC